UUUACUAUCGUAUUUAAUUUUCAAAUCAUCAGAAAUCAUGACCAGCGUUCCGACGUUGCCCCUCGGGGCUUACAAAAUACCUAUUAUUGGCAUUGGGACGCUAGCAGUAACGGACGAGCAGUUACUCCAAAAAACCCUGGACACUGCCUUGGAGGUCGGGUACAGACAUUUCGACACUGCGUAUUUGUACAGGAACGAGCACCUUGUCGGCAAAGUCCUCAACAAGUGGUUCACAUCUGGAAAGGUCAAAAGAGAAGAUAUCUUCAUCACGACAAAAUUGCCGUUCGACGGCAUCUAUCCGGAGGGAGUGGAGAAAUUCAUCAAGGAAUCGCUGGCCGCCCUUCAAUUGGACUACGUCGACCUGUACCUAGUUCAUUUCCCUAUUCGGAUAAAACCACUGAACGGCAAAGGGUGGGAACACGUCGAAGGCUUGCCUACGGAUCACGUAGCAGUUUGGCGGGAAAUGGAGAAACAGGUAAAGGCAGGUCGCGCGAGAGCCAUAGGAGUCUCCAACUUCAAUCGGAGACAAGUGGAGAGGCUCCUAAAGGAGGCGGAAAUUAAACCAGUCUGCAAUCAAAUCGAAUUGAAUGUAUAUUUACCGCAAACGCAAUUCGUAGAGUUCCUACAAGCAAACGGAAUCGUCGUGGUUUCGUAUUUUUCUUUAGGAAAUCCAGGACUGAAGGAGGAGAGAGUUAAAUCGGGAUUUUGGCCAGCCGGUGUACCUGACGUAUUGGCAGAUCCUACGAUAAAGCGUAUCGCCGAUAAACACAAAAAAACGCCGGCUCAGAUCCUGCUGAAAGCACUAGUUCAACGGAAAAUUGUAGUGAUUCCUAAAAGUGUCACUCCCCGUAGGAUAAAGGAAAACUUCGAGCUGUUCGAUUUUGAUCUGGACGCGGAAGACGUGGAUGCUAUAGCAGGAGUAGCCAUCGGCGAAAAAGCUAGAUUGGGCCGACUAAAGCAAUUGCAAGACCAUCCCGAAUAUCCUCACCCUGUUUUAGAUGACUAACCUGGGGCCUCAAUUUUUGUAAUAUGUCAAAUAAAAAAUGUCACCAAUCGGCCAUCUUUUUCGUCUUAUGCACCGCGUGCUGCAGGUCUCGUUUUAGUUAAUCACUGUCACCUUCAUUUCUCUAUUAAUAGACAUUCAAAAAAUUCAAUACUUCAAAAUUUCAA